GCACUUGAUGAACUAUUUCGUUAACUUUCUGUUUUCUUUUUUCGGCCAGUCAGGCUAUAGUGCCCCGCGCCACGUUUCUUUCCGUGUAACCAAUUAUAUUUUUCUAUUCUUUUAGAAGUUUUCCAACAGAAAUAUCAAACGUCGCAAUUAAUUAGUCACGCGUUACGCGGGAAAAAUGCGUACCAUGGGACGCAGUUACAAUCGCGGUUACAGUCACAGUCUGAAAUUCUCCUCAGAUCAUUUUUUGUUUCACUGGGAUUCAUACUCGCGACGAGUGUGGACGAGUGUGAAUCAAGACGGUCUCCCGUGGACUCUCGCGCCUUGCCCCGCACGCGCGCAGUGGAAGCACAUCUAUAUCUUGUUAAUUACGUGCAAGUGCAGCUCGUCGACUCGCGUUGACUCUAUGUACUUCGGACUUCCUGUCGAGUGUAGUUCUGUGCGCUUUUACGUCGAGCGAUCGCUGGCGACCAGAUACCAACAGCCGAGUUCACUUCGCCUCUUGUAUUCCUGUCACUGCGGCAGGAUACUCGUCGUUCACAAAGAAGAUCUCCGUCCGGUGGGCGUUCAGGUCGGCGAGAUCUCCGUCGCGGAAAUCCCCGUGGCGAGCCGUUCGAGUACGUCAACAAGAUUUGUUGUGCGUUCUGCACACGGAGUCGGUCGCAUUGUCAGUACACGCAGCCGACUUGUGCCUCGACGAUAAAAAAAAGUUUGCGAUCAGCCUGGUGAAACUAAAAUAGACAUUUUCUCCUUCUUUCUCCGUCACUUACACCCGCAAACAACACGCUAUCUCGCGCCGGACAGUCCCGCGGCAUCCUUGGGCUCGAUCUCGUGUUUCACGGCCGAUCCGAAGCAGGGAAAAAUUACACUUUCAAAAUUAGAAGUGCAGAACAGUUGGUGAGAAAUUAUAUCGACUUGAUGAAGUGUUAUCAAAGACGGAGAAAUUUGAAAGCUUUGUGCUAAAAAGUUGACAAACAGGCAUAAUUUUGAUUUGGCAACUUGAACAGUUGCUAUUCAGAAAAGUGUUACAACUUUUCUCUCCGCUAUUGUACAGUCGGAUAUUGUGCUGCUUAGCCGAUUUAAUAGUGACGAGGCAAAUCGGCGGUUCGGAACUGCGCAUGUGCCUUCGAAACCUGAGUCCGUGUUGACGUGCCUUCGAAACCUGAAGUUGUAUUAUUUCGGCAAUACGCAUAUUUCGUUACCACAUCAUGCUAAUCGGAUACUGGUAUUGAGAAUCCUCCUUAAUGGGACUCGUAGAAACAUUACUGUAAGAGUGAGUGAGAGAGAGAGAGAGAGCUAAUUUAUUUCACCUGUUAAUCGCAACCAUGAAGAAGCCAAUUAAUACACAAGGAUCUGAGACACUUCCCAGCUCUUCAAGAUUCUCACCAGAUGUUGAAACUCUUCCAAAAGGGAAACGUCCUGACUUGCCAUUCAAAUCAAUGCAUUUCAAGCUAAGAUCAAAGCUUUCUGACCUUGUAGAACGUGAUAUGCUUGAGUUAGGUAAGAACAAGAUGAUCCUGGAUAAAAAGUAUUUUAGAAAUGCCGUUCUAAGCGCUUUUGAAGAUUUUAAAUUAAAACAAAAUAUAAAUCCUAUUCAUUUAAAUGACAUCCUUUUAAAAGAUUUGAUAAAAUUGGAUAUUCGGCAAUUACCACCCGGGGUUCCAUGGUCUCGUUACCGUACCAAAGGUGAAGUGAUGGAUUGUCCAGAAGCGCGUCGUUCAAUACGAAGCUUUUGGCAUAAUGUUAAAAGGAAUAAGAAAAUAGAUCCCCCUCAUUGUAAAGUAUCAUACCGAGAUCGCAUGAUUGAUAUUGACGUUUGUAAAAUUUGCGCUGUCUAUGAAUACCCUGCUACUAUUACUUUUGCUGAGGCGCAAUUUGCAUUGCCUCUGAUAGAAGGUUUUACCCAAGAGACCACUGUGUUAGCUUAUGGAUAUGACAUAUUCUGUGAUGAUGCAACGAAGCUCUGUCGUGACAAAGGUUGCAAAUAUUUUGGAUGCUUCAGUUUCUCUGAUUUCGACAAGACUGUUUCUCAUCAACUUAUUGAAUAUGCGUUUAUGAUUUUGCUACAAAAUAUUGAUUUCGCUGAAUACAAAUAUUAUGGUAUACCAUAUGCACGACAACUAUAUCGCGUAUGGGAGUAUUUACAGGAGUACUUUAUUGAAACUAAAUUACUAUUCCCAAACGGAAGAAAAUUAAAAAAAAGUGCGGGUAUUCCAAAUGAUUCGUACUUUACACAGUUGAUUGCUAGUAUAGUCAACUAUAUAUUCUUGACAUAUGCUUGGAACACAACUCAUAAUUUCUUUUGUUUACCUGUACAUAUAAAGGUCUUUGGAGAUAUCUCGGUUAUUGCCUCCAACGAACCUAUAAACAAGUUUAAGAUUGCCGAGAUCAUUGAUGAAUGUGGCAUGAUUAUAAAUCCAUUGCAGAGUUUAGUGACUUCUGAUGUAUGUGAAGUAGAGUCCUACUUAAAGAGAAAAAUACAACUGCGUCGCGGUUUUUGAUUGCCAGUUCCCUACCUGAUGGAAUCAGCCAGUAAAUAUGCAGAUUACUGGUGCUGCUUUCGGUAUCUCUGAAUUUCACAUGUGUUAACAAGGACACUGCUCUGAAUAAUUUCCAAAAGGUUUUUUUUUGGUCGGCGUUCAUUGCUUAUUUUAAAAGACCGAAACAUUUGUUGAUCUAAUGUUGUAACAUUUACGAUUUUUAGUAUUUUUAUUCUUAUUGCAUAUUAUAAUACUCAGCGUCGGCUUGCACAUGCCUUUUUGUUGUAUCUCUUUUUGAUAGUGUAUCGUGAGAGCCUUAUUACUUUUUAAUAAACGUUUUAUUUAAAAAUUAUUAACAAAAGAAAUUUUAUAAGUCGAACGCAGUUUUUCAACACCGUGUAUAUUUAAAGGGAGGGCCCUAUUAGCGCACAUUGCGAUAGCACCAUAGAUUUAUAAUAACUAGACUGCGCAUUCAACCGAAGAGUCGUCAAAUAUUAGAAAAAGAUAGUUGCUGUACGGGUACCAUUCUGUCUUCGUCUGAUAAUGUAUGGAGUGGGGAUUUCAGCCCCACUAUUUAAGGAUUUUUUAUCCCACUAUAUGUCUUUAGAAAAAGACGGACUGGUACCCGCACAGUAACUAUCUUUUUCUAUUUCUUUCUGAUGUGUUUAAACAAAAGAAGAUGUUGAGACCACGCGAUCCAGUUAUUAUAUGUCUAUGGAUAGCACUUAUCGGCCGCGUUCAGCAGAAUGUUUAAUUUGCAACUGGAAGUUUUCUGAGCUGAGACUGAAUUAUUUUCAAUCUCAGCUUCUUUUAGAUCUAUAGGAAUAAUCCAAUGUCAACACAUGAAACUUCCAACAGUUGCAAACUAAACGUUCCGCAGAACGCGGCCAUCCACGCACAAUUGGCCGAUGCCUAGAAUCUUUCCGCUGAAUCACCAAUUAGAAAAUUUUAUAAUAUUAAAUUAACCAAACACCUAUGUGGACAAUGGGGCCCCCCCUAAAGUAAACACGUAAUACAUAUUAUAAGCAAAUAAAUAAGUAAAAUAAGUGAAUACCAUGAGGGAACAAAUUAUAUAUUAUUAAUAUAAAUUAAUAAAG